GCAUGCGCAGACCAGGGCCGCAAAAUGGCGACCGGAAGUGGCUGCGCGGCGUCUCCUCCGUCUUCGUCCUCUGAGACGGGCGAUGGCGGUGCUAUUGGAGCUCCCGGGACGGCGACGCCGAAGCUGGAGCGGGAUCGGCGGCUGGUGUGCGUGGAGUACCCGGGCGUGGUUCGGAGCGCGGAGAAGAUGCUGCUGACGCUGGGCGGGGAGGAGGGCGUCUCGCGGAUUUAUGCUGAUCCUAGCAGAAGACUUGAGCUCUACUUCCGCCCCAAAGAUCCUUACUGCCAUCCUGUGUGUGCCAAUCGCUUCCCUACAUCAUCCAUGAUGUUCAAAGUGAAAAAGAAAACAAGGAGGAGACAGACAGGAGCAGGUGAUUGGGAGGAAGAAAUAAAGUUUGACGUGGAGAUCCUUGGCAUUGUUACCACUGUCUACAAAUUUCAAGGGAUGUCUGAUUUCCAGUAUUUGGCAGUUCACUCUGGACCCAGCGGGAAGCAGGUCUCCAUGUAUGAUAAAGUCCUGAUGCUUAAGCCAGAGAAAGAUGAUUUUUUCAUGAGUGACCUGCCACUUUAUAUCCCCCCACCCAUUUUCUCACGCCUAGACACUCCUGUGGACUAUCACUAUCGGCCGGAAGCACAACAUCGAGAAGGCUAUCAUAAUCCUCCCCUGUCUAGCGAGAACUUGAUUGGCCUUAGCAGGGCCCGCCGCCCUCACAAUGCCAUCUUUGUCAACUUUGAGGAUGAAGAGAUUCCUACAAAGCCACUAGAUGCAGCCGAACAGACCUGGAAGAGGGUUUGCAGCAAAGCUGUGGAUCACAGAGCAGAGGAAGAGCUGAAAAAACUAUUUGAAGUCCGUCCUGUCUGGUCUCGCAAUGCUGUGAAAGCCAAUAUCAGCGUUCAUCCAGACAAACUGAAGUUUCUUCUGCCAUAUUUAGCUUAUUACAUGCUUACGGGUCCCUGGAGAAGCCUCUGGGUUCGCUUUGGUUAUGAUCCCAGAAAACAUCCAGAAGCAAAAAUCUAUCAAGUCUUGGAUUUCCGAAUCCGUUGCGGAAUGAAAUACGGGUAUGCCCCGAAUGACAUGCCAGUUAAAGCAAAACGCAGCACAUACAACUACAGCCUGCCCAUCACAUUGAAAAAACCAGCAAGCCAUGCAGCUGGCAUUCAAGACCUCAAGCAAGGACUGAGCUCCUCUGGAACAGCUGCUGCCAGGAAAACAGCAUUUAGCAAGUACAAGCUUAAGGAUUCGAUUUACAUUUUCCGAGAAGGGUCCUUGCCUCCAUACCGACAGAUGUUCUAUCAGCUCUGUGAUUUGAACGUGGAAUGUUUGCAGAAGAUUAUCCAUCGAAAUGAUGGGACGGAGGCAUCGUGCACAGAGCGUGAUGGCUGGUGUCUUCCCAAGACCAGUGAUGACCUUCGGGACACCAUGUCUCUGAUGAUUAAGCAGAUCAUCCGCUCCAAACGGCCAGCUCUCUUUACAAGCACAUCAACUGAAGAAGCAGGCAAAGAGCAGCUCACUUUUGAGUCUGGAGAGGAGGAGGAGGAAGAAGAGGAAGAGGAAUUCAAACCCUCAGAUGGGAGUGAAAAUGAAAUGGAAACAGAGAUUCUGGACUAUGUGUGAUGCUGCUGAGCAGAUAUAUUUCCGGUGAGGGAACAUAAAAACACGGAAGACAGUUUGGUCUGCAGACCUGAUGUGAUGUUUACAGCACUCUCCCUCUUUCAUAUGUUCGCAGGCUCCAUUCAUUGCAGACUGUAUUGGAUGCCUUUGUGAUGUAAGUUCAUUCAGCAGAGAAUUGUUGGAGCUCUGCUAUGAGCAAAAGUGUCUCUGAGUAAUGUCAUUUGGCUUUUCUUUGUGUCCUGUUUCUUUCAAAGGCUCAGCAACAGCAUCUAGCCUUGUUGAUGUUCUUCAUCUCUGUCGAAUUUUCUUUCCCAUUGUCCCAGAAUGCCAUGGAUUUGAGCAAAAUCAGUCCCAGUUUUGACUCAGAUACACUGGCUCUAAAGCGUCUACAGUGGCAUUUCUUUGAAAUAAUUCCAUGAAAAUAAAUAAAUAAAAACUUGCUAACUCUGGACCUUUUCA